UCAUCGUUGUGGAAAAGUCGGGAGGCUAAGCUUAACGUCAAAAUGACGACGAGCAAGUGUAUGGUGUCCCUGUUGUUUCUGGGUCUGAUUGGUGUCUCCACCGCUGUCAACCACCUGCAGUCCGACAUUGAUAAGCUUGUCAAUGAUAUCAGCGAACUCGCAAGGCAUCUUAUGCUUCAGCAGCUGUUCAUCGAGGAAAGGAUACGAUCCGACGGAAACUCCGGAGUCAAGCAGAUCCGAGGAACUCAUAAAGGAUCACGUGCUUACUUUGGGGACACAUUCAGCAUGGGUUCGGUGUUGUCCAUCCACGACCACACUAACUACGACAGAACCUGUGGCAUGGGAGAGUUCACUGCUGUUAUGAACGGACUCGAGUUCAGGACAAGACAUAAUGACUACAAACUGCGCAUGCCUAGUCAAAAUAGCACUAAAUUUCAUCUUCUCGAGAACGUCCCGUUUCCAGAAGUUCCGCCAUCAGUGAAGGCAAAGCACAGCGUCCCUGAUCAGAUCAAGGAGAUGCGAGAGUACUUCAGGGCCUUCAAGGACCAGAAUGCGUCCAUCCGCCACGACUAUCGUAACUACUUCAAGCCAGUCAUGUGUUACGUGGAAGGUGCCUGGACAACAGACACUAAGACCUUAAGUGAACCCUUUCACAGCGACCGACAUUUUCUUGAUGCAUCCAGUUGGUUCGAUCUUCUAGAGAAGGUUCGAUUCACCUCCUACACCGGUGGGAAAAGCAACUCUGAAAAUUACAGCUUCCUUCCAACAACCAUCACAGAUGUAGUUGACGGAGUACCGGUUUAUGCCCAAUGGAACUACAGAAUAGUUUGUCAUCCGAUCCGCACCUCUGCCGUGACUCUCAGUAGCUUCGCCCUUAUAGACGAUCUAGGAGUUCGGAUGGCUCGUAGGUUUACAUUCGAAAAAGCAUACCACCAGAGAACCGCGCGAUUCCGAAUCAAUCCUCGUGGUUACAACGUGUAUAAUAAUACAAAUCUGGCUUCACAGAGGCUUGACCAAGAGUACACAGGCGUCGAAGUUCUUGAUUACAUAAUGAACGAAAUACCGGGCAAGGAUAACUACCACCACACUCUGAAAGACAAAACGUUUGGCCAGGAGGAGAAUACAAUGCUGAACUAUGGUAAGACGCCACAAAACGCUGCAUACUACCAUCGAUUGUCAGAUUCAAAACUAGGAAAUUCACAGGAACAACAUAUCUCCUAUAAGGGAUUCUCUGACGAAAAUCUUUGGGUAGCUGAAACAACCCAGCCAAGAGUGGCUCCAAUGAAUGUGUUAUCCUGCCAGUACAACGACAGUCUGAAAGACAUAUCUUGUAGCAACACCACGGUGCGUUACUCUUACGCCCUACCACUAGAGGUAAUUUGGCUGACACCGCUUUACCAGUGGAACCCCUACGAUCUGCCAUUUUAUCACGACAAUAAAGUCCCAGCACUUCACGGAAGAACAGGUGGUACUAAUUCUACAACAGCUUUUAACGGAACAAGCAUGUCUAACUAUUACUUCACACCAGUCGAUUUCUUCAAGAGUAACGAGGUCGGCAGGGAUCCCGCCGACACAGCUAAGGACGUAGUCGGAGUUCUGGACAAACACGGACACGUGCGUCUCGUCAAACCGGCCGGCACGCGCAUCAUCCUCCCGGAAAUAGAAGGAAUUGGAAAGCUUCGAACACGUUAUCCCGUGGCCCCUUCACAUCACGAAGGCAGUCCUAUUUACAAGGAAAUGGAUGCAUUGAAGGAAAUGGUUCUCGACAUGCCCAAAAAUAUGAAGUUCUUCGAAUCUCCCCCAUUCGGGUCGCACAAUGUUCAGGCACAAAACCCAGAUGACAAUCUACAUCACUUCACAACGACCUUCACCCACAAGACCCCACCAGGCCUUCACCAACAUGAUGUUUACAUAGAAUCGCGAGACUGGUGGGCACUGACUCACAACCAAAAGGUCAAUGUCAUCACCAGCAAUGACAACGAACACACUCACACUUUGCAGAUACAACGCGAUGCUCACAACCACAACCAGAUCAACAUUCUGUCGUGUGACAACGAGCCGCACUGCUGGGACGGACACGCCAAUGUUCUACUGGAAGUGUCGGAAUAGAUGGUCAUGUCAAUCACCGGAAUCGUUCAUUUGCCUUAUAAAUAUAAAAGAAAUAAACGAAGUAUUAAUUAAUA